CUCCUAUAGAGUCCCAGGUAGAGGCACAAGUCACCAUCCUCUGCUACCAUACAUACAAUCCAUCGCACUCGCAGACGCAGACGCCAUGAAAGUCACCUCCCUCCCCCUCGCCGCAGCAGCAGCAGGUGUCGCUCUCCUCUCCACGCAGCCAGCCACCGCCUCGCCCCUGCCCCACCAGCUGUCCUUUGGCGACUCUCCCUCUCUCUCCACUACCUUUUCCCUCCUCUCCUCACUCACUUCCGCUUCUUUGGACGUCUUUACUCCUCGUCUUGUGCAGACAGCUCACGAUGAAGCACCUUACUGGGGAUUCCCACACUACCUCCGCUGGAAGGGAGUACGCUUCUUUGAUGUCACGGACCACCUCGACGCCAAUGGGCAGGACGUGCUUCUCGCCCAUUCUCUACUGAGCGCCACCUCCAACGAGAAGAAGACUUCCUCCUUCCCCUCGAAGCUCUCCUACCAGAAGCAAGUGGGUAGCGUUCAUGCCAACAUCUCCGAGUCUGGGCCCCGUGCAAACAUUGCUGCCUUCACCUCCUUUACCAAUCGGUACUACAAGUCCGGCUCCGGCAAGCAAUCUCAGCAGUGGCUCCUUGCUAAAGUCAAGGAGAUCACUUCGGUGGAUGAGAACAUCACCGUCGAGGAGUUUGAGCAUCCUUGGGGACAGAAUUCCAUUAUUGCAAAGAUUCCCGCGACGGACAGCAAGGCCGCAGAGGAAAAUGGGAGAAUCGUGGUGGGUUCGCAUCAGGACUCGGUGAACCUCAUCUUCCCCUACCUCCCCGCUCCAGGUGCGGACGAUGAUGGAUCCGGCACAGUGACCCAGCUCGAAUCACUACGUGCUCUCCUCGCCUCAGGCUGGAAACCUUCUCACAGCAAUGUUGAGUUCCACUUCUACUCUGCUGAAGAAGGAGGUCUUCUAGGUUCUCAAGCCGUAGCAAGAUCCUAUGCCGAGUCUGGUAAAAAAGUUCGAGCAAUGAGUCAAUUUGAUAUGACUGCAUUCAUCAAGGCUGGGACCAACGCCACCAUUGGCGUGAUUACCGACGUGGUCUCGCCCGAGCUAACGGCCUUUAACCGUUUGCUCAUCGAGGGAUACCUGGAUGUACCCUGGGUGGACACCCAGCUAGGGUACGCAGGCAGCGAUCAUGCCUCGUGGACCAAGGUUGGCGUGCCAUCGGCAUUCAGUGUAGAGGCUACCUUUGGAGAUUGUAAUCUCAAGAGGAUCCAUACCACUUCGGACACUUUUACUCAUGACGAGUAUAGCUUUGAGCAUAUCCUGAGAUUUAGCAGGCUGAGCAGCGCAUUUAUCAUUGAGCUUGCUGGGUGGGGCAAGUAGAGUAGAGCGUGGAAGGGAAUAUCGGAUUUUCUUUGUCGGUCUGAAUCAAUCAUCACAUCAUUGUAACAUUGAAUGCAAUCUACAUUGAACUACUCCACAC